AUGAAGCUUUUUCUGGCAGUGCUGUCCCUGGCUGCUGCUGAGAUCAGCCAGGAGCAAUGUCGCACGGGCGUCCUUCGGAAAAAUCGAGCGCCUGAGCAACAGGCUUGGUGCUGCGCACUCUACGGCCUUUGCAACACCACAACAGUUGGAAGGAGAUUGUUGGGAGCCCAGGCCGUGAUCCAGGUGGGUGCCGACAUCUAUGACUGCAAUGAGGGCUUGGACAAUGUCCGGCUGUAUUGGGAUGUGGAGAAGCAAGCUCAUUGCUGCGCAGAGCUGGGGAUGGGUUGCCCGCUGCACGCGUUCGACUGUGAGAGUGGCUACAUGAAUUGGGUCCAUGGCUGGUCGCCGGGCAAGAAGAUUUGGUGCUGCCAGAAUACCAACCGCGGCUGCCCGCCGACCACUAUGACGAUGACCGCCACUGCGACAACCACCGAGACCUCAACCUUCCCAGGAUGCAUGAUGCACUGCACGCUGGACAAUGUCAAGGUGACCUGUGAGGAGCGAAUUCACUUCGCCUCAGUGCAUACCUUCCUGGGUGAGGUUUCUCCGUGCCAGAUGGCUCAUGACCUUGUACUGCGCGAGUGCGGUGGAGUUUGCGACCAUUGCCCCAUUCGUGUCGCCUGCCUCGGCGCCGCGAAUGUUCCCACCUCAACGCCGAAGCCCACCACUUUGCCGCGCACCACCCUGAAGAGCGGGUCAAGUGAAGGCAAAGACCCAUUUGACUGCCAAGAGGGCUUGGAGAUGUGGCAAAUGGUCUGGUUUCCAGCCAAACAGGAGUGGUGUUGCAAUCACAAGCAAUUGGGAUGUCCGGACCGAGCCCUACAGCAAUGGCAGAGUCGAGCGCUGGGUGACGAGGUUGGGUGA